AUGAGUUCUAAGCAAAUGUCACAUCAGAGUAAGAAGAGGAAGAAGAUGGAAUCAUCAGCAUCAGCAUCUUCUUCACCGUUGCAUUUCUUCAAGAUAAUCCAAGCUCAUGCCAUUAAACAUAAACGCCUGGGAAUUCCAGAGGAAUUUCUUAAGAAGUUUGGAAAUGAACUGUCCGACAGUGCAAUCAUCAAGGUUCCUAGCGGUUCAAUCUGGCGUAUAGGAUUAACCAAUAGAGGAGGCGUGACUUCGUUCGAGUAUGGUUGUCAAGAAUUCAUGGAGUUUUACUCUAUUUCUGUUGGACAUCUUUUGGUCUUCAGAUACAAUAGGAAUUCUAGAUUUCAUGUUCUUAUAUUCGACAUAAGUGCUACUGAGAUUGAAUACCCAGUGUGUAACUUCAAAACCAACUUUAAAAAUAAAGCUCAAGAGAUCGACACUGAUUCUUGUAGUAGUGAUAGCAACAAUGAAAAUUCUACCCAAAGUGAGCCUUCAUCAAGUAGAGAAAGUCAAGUCAAUCUGGAAACUGAACCAGUUGAUGAACAUGAUUUUCCAAAACAAAGAAAAGUGUUUGCUGCGACUGUUACUACUAAAAGAUCACGUUUUAAUACUUCACGGGUAACAGAAUCAAAUGAAAGAGCACUAAGAGCAGCCGAGGUAUUUUUGACAUUGUCGUUCCAAUUUGCCAAAAAGCAAAUUAUAUCUGCUGUUCUGUUUGAGAGAUAUUACAUGCAUAUUUCCUUUAGUGAUAGCAACAAUGAAACUUCUACCCAAAAUGUGUCUUCAUCAAGUAGAGGGGGUCAAGUCAAUAUGGAAACUGAGGAACCAGUGUUUUGCAGUAAUGUUACACAAGCAAAAGAAAGAGCACUUGCAGCAGCUGAGGCAUUUACGUCCGGUAAUCCAUUCUUCAAGGCCGUUAGGCGCCCUUUCAAUAUAAGUAACGGACUUGUGAACAUGCCUGGUAAUUUUGCGACUCCAUAUCUAAAACACAGAACUGCGCUGGUCACUUUAAGUGUUUCGGAUGGGAAAUUGUGGGAUGUCAGCUUAACUUCUUCUAUUAAAUCGGGCACAACAACUUUAUCCAAGGGCUGGAAACAGUUUGUUUCAGAUAACCAGUUGAACCAAGGGGACGUCUGUGUCUUUGAGCCUGUUGAUCCAAAGAAAUUUGAGAUGAAUGUUCACAUAUUCCGGGUCUUCCAACAGACAUGUAGUGGUAAAAAAUUAGAGACAAAUGCUCAUCGGGCGGCCAUAUCAGUAGAAAAAUCAUUUGCAGCAGCCAAUGCGUUUAAGUCUAAGAAGCCGUACUUCAAGGUUACUAUGUGUCGCACUUACUUAACACUCGGACAUGUGAUUGUACCUGCGGCAUUUGCAGUUCCGUAUUUGGAACAUGAAAUUAAGGUCAGAAUAAGUGGUAGGGGUGGCAAAACGUGGGAAAUGCAGUGUAAUCUUUUACACAAACCUGAUCGUGCGAAGCUACUCAAGGGUUGGGAUAAAUUCGUCCUAGAUAAUCAUUUGAAUGAAGGUGAUGUUUGUGUUUUUGAGUUGGUGGAUAGAGAAAGAUUCGAGAUGAAAGCUUACAUUUUUCGAGUCGUUCAGAGUGGAGAAUAG